AUGGGAACAGGUGACAGAUUGCUAGACAUCCCGUGCAAGGUGUGCGGAGACCGCAGCUCGGGGAAGCACUACGGCAUCUACAGCUGUGACGGAUGUUCCGGGUUCUUCAAGCGCAGCAUCCACCGGAACCGGGUCUACACGUGCAAGGCGGCCGGCGAGCUGAAGGGCCGCUGCCCGGUCGACAAGACGCACCGCAACCAGUGCCGCGCCUGCCGACUCUCGAAGUGCUUCCAAUCGGCCAUGAACAAAGACGCGGUACAACACGAGCGAGGGCCCCGGAAGCCAAAGCUGCAGCAUCUACAACCGAACGGCGGUGUCCAUCCGGGACACCAUCUCUCGGGGCCGUUCGUGAACGGCUCGUCGUACGGCCAUGGCAUGUCCCAUUUCCCGGCCGGCCUGCACCACUCGGCCCUCGCCGGACCAAACUCGCUGCUGCACCAUCCGCAGCCCCUCUCGUUCGCCCCGCUUGGCCACCAUAUGGGCCCUUCGCUGUUGCCGCCGGUCAAGCUGGAGCAGAGCAAGUUCGAGUUCCCGCCCCUCGGUGGGAACGCUGGUGCUCCGAAUGCUGGUGGCGGUUCCGUCCUGUCGCCGAUCAAAAUCGAGCACACGAAACUGACCGGGCCGGCGUUCGAAUUUGGGCCCUCGGGAAACCACCAGCACCACAGCCAUCAUCACUUCUACAAAUCGCUCGAACCCCUGCCACCGUCUCCGACCGACUCGAAGAGCUCGAUCAGCGUGGACUCACCGUCGUCCGAGAGCCUUACCAGUCCGCAGUCCACGGUCGACGGAAGUUCCAGCGUACUCAGUCCGACACCGAUCAACGCUACCAACCUGAGCCUACCGUCGCCUCUCUCGCAAAACGGUGUCCUCGACAUUCUGAUGGCGUCGGACAAGUGCCAAGAGUUCAUCCAGUACCAUCAGCUACAGAGCGGGGCCUUGCUGCCCCCGGACGGUUCCACCAUCGUGCGGCUACCCACGUGGGAGAUCCUUCAGGAAACGACGGCCCGGUUGCUGUUCAUGUCUGUCCGCUGGGUGCGCUGCCUGAUUCCGUUCCAGACGCUCUCGAAGAGCGACCAACAUCUGCUCCUGCAGGAAUCGUGGAAGGAGCUGUUUCUGCUCAACUUCGCCCAGUGGAGCGUGCCGUGGGACCUGAGCGCACUGCUCGACUCGCCGCCGGUGCGCGACCGGCUGCCGCAGGACGCGGCCACGCAGCUGGAGAUGAAAACGAUGCAGGAGAUCCUGUGCCGCUUCCGCCAGAUUUCGCCCGACCUCAGCGAGCUGGGCUGCAUGAAGGCGGUGAUCCUGUUCUCGCCAGAAACGUCCGAGUUGUGCGAUGUCCAACCGGUGGAGAUGCUGCAGGACCAGGCGCAGUGCGUGCUGUCGGAGCACGUCCGGGUCCGGUACCCACGGCAGCCAACGCGCUUCGGGCGCCUCCUUCUGCUGCUGCCCCUGCUGCGCACCAUCCGCUCGACCACCAUCGAGACGCUGUUCUUCAAGGAGACCAUCGGCAGCGUGCCCAUCUCGCGGCUCCUGAUCGACAUGUACCAGAUGGAAAAGUACACCGACCUCGAGGGUGGCACCACGGUCACCCCCGGCAAGGGCUAG